AAGAAAUUGAGGCUCUAUUUAUUUCCUUUUUUUUAUGAUUUUUUUAGAAUAAUAUAAUAACAAAUAUCUCUCCAACAUAUAUUUUUAUAUAUUUUUACAUUUUUAAUACAGUUUUUUACAUUUUCAAACACACCCUAAUAAACAAAACAAAGAACAUUAACUAUAAAUAUAUAUACAGCCUUCGAAGCAAGUUCCUGGUUCUGGUAGUAGUAGUAUACAUGUACAGAGGAAAGCGUGUAUAAUUAUCCUAUCUAUACAUUUCAUCCAACCGAAAAGAGGAAAAAAAAAAAACCCAAAAAAAAGAGAAGAUUAAGGAAGUAGGAAGAACACGAAACCGGAAAAGUCCUCUUUCCCUUUCCUCUGCUUUUAAUUGGGACCCCAACAGCUCAAAAACAAGAUCGUCCGGAGGGAUUCUUCAGCUUGUUUGAACUUGUAAUCGCAAGUCGCCGCCGCCUUAUCAAGGGCGCCACCCGCCGACGACGAGAACUUCCUCGCCUGAUGCUGCUGCUUCUGCCUUGUCGACGACGAUGACGUGGCGGCGGAGUCCUUCAAGGUCUUGGUUACCCCGUCUUUCAUAAACUGCGCCGCUCUGUUUCCUGCCUGAAACACCACCCGACUCAUGUACCUCAAACUCAUCAACCGAAUGUUUGAUGGAUUUAUAUGGGAAAACCGGUGUCCACCGGGGGAGGUUUCGCAGUGAAACAACCGGCUGUAGGGAGUGGCUGAAACCGGUGGCUACUUUAUGUGGGUAAACAUUUGGUUCUGUGGGUGCCUGACAACUGCCGGUUGCCUGUUGUUUUGUAUUUAUCCAUUUGGUUCAUUUUUGAAAGGGGAAAAACAAAGGGAAGGGGAUUAUGGACCUAUUCUUUAUCUGAACAUUCUGACUCAAUUGAAUAUUAGGAAGCAAAAAGGAAUAAUUUUAGUCAACCAGAUAUUAUCUUCUGACUAAUUAAAAUCAUUAUUAUCAGAAGCGAGAAAAGGAAGAGUAAAAGAGAGAAUUUAUUUAUAAACCCAAGGGUUUGACAAAAUUGCGGGAUUAUCCAGUAAUCCCCGCUCGCUGAAUGAUCAUAAAUCAAUGGCCUUCAGUUUGGUAGCAUUGUGCAAUUUUUAAGACAUCCAAUUUUGUGAAUUAUACAUUUCAUCAAUGUCAGGUGUCAACAAUUACGAUAUUAUAAAACGUGUUUUGACCCACCGAUCAAAAGUGAGAGCACGUCAUUAUAACCAAUGUCACCAAGCCAGGGAAUGGCUGCUGAAGCUUAUCCCAUGCCAAGGAAGCUUUUGGUACUGGGAGUGUUCUGGAAAGUUAGGAUAAGUAAUCAUUUUGAGAAUAUCCCGACUUGACAAUUUUUUUGAACAAAUGGCAAAAGAAUCUCUUUUAACAUGUGUCCUGUUCUCGGAUUCACACCUGUCUUUAUUUGUAUCUUUUUUGGUCUAUCUAAUUACUACUUAACUUUUCUAAAAAAAUAAAAAUACCGUUUAUACUGUUAAAUGACUGAUUAAAUUACGCUCUUCAAAAGAAAAAAAAAUGAUCAAAACACUGUUACAAAUACAUCGUUUUAGUGAUGAACAGCUAUAACAUGAAGACCAAGUUAUAUGUGUGUGUGUGUUUUUUUUUUAUAUAAAAGGUGUCUUAGAAAAAUAAAUUUAUUAAUUAAAUUAUCAAAAAUUGACGAAACAGACCAAUAAAAACUUUCUGUUAAUGACUCAUGUGAAUUUUGAAAUUAUAUGCACAUUUUAAAAAAAUUACACAUAUUUUUAAAUUCUAUUUACUACUAUAUAAAAAUCGAUUGAAAGUCAUUUUUAAAUAUGUAGUUUGACGUAUUUAUUUAUGUUUACUAAGUAGAGUAGUAAAACAAACUUACUUGGAAAACAUAUUGAAUUCCACUUUAAUUUCGCACAAAUAUAUUGCGCUUGGGAUAACCAUAAACUGAAUCGGAUUUAGAUUCAGGAUCCGAAAAGUAUAUAUAUACAGGUACUCCGUCUCCAGAAAAAACCUUUACCGCCGACCGUUCUAGGCCCUAAAAUAGAGUUUCUCCUUCCCCAACUCAAGAUUCCCUUUCAGAAAAUCCGCUCCUCCCGAUGGCGGUCGUUGAUUCGUCGCCGGUUUUCACGUCGGCAGCACCUGCCAAACUUGAGCCCAGCGAAAAAUCCUUGCAAUACGAAGAAGGGGUUAUCCAGAAUCGGUACUUAUUGAAACAAUGGUGGAGCAAUCUAAUUGCAUUAUCCGAUGCUCCGUUCGUGGAACGCCAAGGUAUUUACGAGAAUGCUCUAACCUACCUGCCGGGGAGCUAUAAACUUUGGCACGCCUACCUCCGGGAACGCCUCGAAACGGUUCGGAACCUUCCGAUUACUCACUCCAGGUACGAAUCUCUGGAUAAAUCUUUCAAACAAGCCCUUUCUACAAUGCAUAAAUAUCCUCGAAUUUGGAUUCUGUACUUGGAUUUUUUAAUUGAGCGGAAAUUCGUUACAGCCACUCGUAGGACUUUUGACCGAGCACUCUGUGCAUUGCCGGUUACUCAGCACGAACAAAUUUGGAGUCGUUAUUUGAAGUUUGUUAACCAAAACGGCAUUCCCAUUGAGACUUCCCUUAGGGUCUAUCGUAGGUACCUCCGAUUUGACCCUAGUCAUGUUGAAAACUUUAUUGAAUUUUUGAAGCAUUCUGAGCGUUGGCAGGAGGCUGCUGAGAGGUUGGCUAGGCUUUUGAAUGAUGAUCAAUUUUUUUCCAUCAAGGGAAAGACUAAACAUCAGUUGUGGUUGGAGUUGUGUGAUUUGUUGACUCAACACUCGGCUGAAGUUUCGGGGUUGAAUGUGGAUGCCAUCAUUAGAGGUGGGAUUAGGAAGGUCAGAGAUGAGGUUGGGAGGUUGUGGGCAUCUUUGGCAGAAUAUUAUGUGCGGAGGGGAAUGUUCGAAAAGGCUAGAGAUAUUUUUGAGGAAGGGAUGGCCAGCGUGGUGACUGUUAGGGAUUUCAGUGUGAUUUUUGAUGCGUACUCACAGUUUGAGGAGACUGCAAUUUCUACCAUCUUGGAAGAUACAAGUGAGAACGAAGAUGUUGAGGGUGAGGCAAACAGAGACGAGGAAGAAGAUCCAUUCAAUGUGGACAAGUUGAUCGAGGAUUGUAAGACAUUUUGGUUAGGGGACGAUGUCACUCUGAAAGAUGUGGAUUUGAGGUUGGAACGAUUGGAAAACUUGCUGAAACGGAGGCCAAAAUUGGCGAAUAGUGUACAGCUCAGACAGAACCCGCACAAUGUAGAGCAAUGGCAUAGAAGGGUUAAACUGUUCAAUGGCAAACCCUGGAAACAAAUACAGAUUAUCAAACAUGCUAUAAAUACAAUCGACCCCAUGAAAGCUGUGGGAAAGCUGCAUACUUUGUGGGUGGCCUUAGCGAAGCAUUACGAAAGCCUAGGUAAAACUGAUGAUGCCAGGUUAACUUUUGACAAGGCUGUGCAGGUUAACUAUAAGGCAAUGGAUGAUUUGGCUAGUGUUUGGUGUGAAUGGGUAGAGAUGGAGGUCAGGCACAAAAAUUUUAAGAAAGCAUUGGACUUGAUGAGUCGUGCUAUUGCAAAGCCAUCAGUGGAGGUCAAACGAAGAGUGGCAGCCGAUGGCAAUGAACCAGUGCAGAUGAAGAUUCACAAAUCUUUAAGACUUUGGUCACUUUAUGCUUACUUGGAGAAAAGCCUGGGAAAUCUGGAAUCCACUCUGUCAGUUUAUGAUAGUAUAUUGGAUCUCAGGAUAGCAACACCUGAAAUCAUUAUAAAUUAUGCUGCACUUUUAGAGGACCAUAAGAGGUUUGAGGAUGCUUUCAGAGUGUAUGAGAGGGGGGUGAAUAUUUUUAGAUAUCCGCAUGCAAAGGAUAUCUGGGUAACUUACCUAACUAAAUUUGUUGAAAGGUACAGGGGUUCAAAACUACACAGGGCACGGGAUUUAUUUGAGUGCGCUGUUAAAGUGGCUCCUGCAGAGGUUGUCAAGCCGCUAUACAUGCAAUAUGCCAAGUUUGAAGAAGACUUUGGCUUGGCCAAACGAGCGAUGAUGGUGUAUGAUCAAGCGGCAAAGGCCGUUCCUGCUGCAGAGAAAUUAAGCAUCUAUGAAAUUUACAUCGCUCGUGCAGCUGAGAUUUUUGGUGUUCCAAGAACAAGAGAAAUAUAUGAACAGGCAAUUGAGUCUGGUCUCCCAGACAAGGAUGCGAAGAUAAUGUGCUUGAAGUAUGCUGAACUUGAGAAAAGCUUGGGAGAAAUUGAUCGUGCCCGUGCUUUAUACGAACACUCAUCUCAGUUUGCGGACCCAAGAUCUUUUCAUGACUUCUGGUUGAAAUGGCAAGAGUUUGAAGUGCAGCAUGGUAAUGAAGACAAAUUUCGGGAAAUGCUUCGUGUUAAAAGGAGUGUUUCUGCGAGAUACAGCCAGAUGCAUCUUAUUGAUCCGGAGCACUUGAUUGCGCAAAAGGAUGUCCCAGGUGCUGUCUUUGGUGGUCUUGUGCGCAAACGAGAAGAGACUGAUGUAGAAGAGGUUCUUGUGGGUGCCCUUGCAAGACUCAAAAGGAGUCGCGGUGAUUGGUGAGGGUUGAACGUCCAGAUACAUUCCUGUCCUUUGGCUGUUAAUUCUUCCUCAUCUUCUUGGAAUUAUUCAGAGUAAGAGUACUUGGAUGACAGUAGUUGUUUACUUGCUAAUUUUGUGUAUUCUGACUAAUGUCUCUUACCACUAUCCAAGUCGCAGCCUCUUGUGAUUGUUGAUUGCAAGUCAUAAUUGUUGGUUUAAUUUGUCGGCUUUUCUGUAGUUUUGGUUAUUAGCGUUUUACUUCUUUUUUAGCACAGGUGACAAUACUUUCUCAUAUGGUCUUUUGUAUUCUCCUUUGUUUGAAUUUGAUGUGCUUAUAAACUAAGUAUACAGCGAUUGGGAGAUUCUUCCUUUCAACCACCCAAUUCAGGUUGAAAAAUGGCUCAACCCACCAGAAUGAUUGAAUUUAGAGUUCUACACGUCUCUGUUAAUUGCAGUGUUCUCUUCUUUUUUUUUUCCUUUUCUUUUGUUCAAUCAAAGUUUAUUUUGCUGUUUUCUUGCAUUACGUUUGCCAUCAAAAGAGUUCGUGUAAGGAAAUCAUAUUUCUGUGACUCAAAUUGUACAUUGGCGGUUGCAAAGGAUGGCCCACUGAGUAAAAUUUUUGUUAAACUUGCGUUUUAUAUAGGUUUAUGCUCUUUUGUUCUCAAAGUUUAGCUAAUCCUUUUUGGUAUUGUGCUUAUUUUUUGUUUCGCUAGAUUCAGUUGUUGUAAUAAGGGGACGUACGGGAAUGGGCUUAAUCAUGGCCUCCUGGGGACAACUUAUGAUAGUUUUUGUUGAGCUACCUUAUCUUCAAUGCUAGAGCAGUAGAGCUCCAUGGUAAGGGAUACUGUGUACUCUUAUUUGGGGG